UGAGUCGAACCCUAUUGCCGUUCCCAGAAUCCUUUGCGGCUCUCGUUAACAACUACAUUUCCCAGGAACCUCGGCAGCAUUGUCCACCGGAAGCGGCGGGCGAAUUGUGUGUCCUUGCGCGUGGAGUGAAGCGAGAGAUCGACCAUGGUGGCUCGAGUAUGGUCGCUAAUGAGGUUCCUUAUCAAGGGAAGCGUGGCAGGGGGAGCAGUCUACCUUGUUUAUGACCAGGAGCUGCUGGGGCCCAGUGACAAGAGCGAGGCUGCUCUAAGAAAGGCCGAGGAGGUGGUGCCACCAGCAAUGUACCAGCUCAGCCAGUAUGUGUGUCAGCAGACGGGUUUGGAGAUGCCACAGCUCCCAGCCCCUCCAAAGAUUAACUUUCCGAACUUCCGUGACUCCUGGAACUCAGGCAUCAUCUCUGUCAUGGCAGCUUUGUCCGUGGCCCCCACCAAGGCCAGAGAAUACUCCAAGGAGGGCUGGGAGUAUGUGAAAGAACACAGCAAGUAAAGGAUGCCACCUGCCCCAGCAUGGGCAGGACCAGGAUUCCGCAGACUCCACCACAGUGGGGACUCCACUCUGAGGGCAGCUUCCAGCAUUGCUGGUCCAAUAAAGAACUUGGGAAUGGU